AUGAUGUUGACUGCUAAACUGUUUUUCUUGCUUGUUAGUUUUAAAUCGUAUUUCUUUCAACUAAAUCUUUUUCAAAGUGGAAUCGAAGAUGAAGAAGUGGUUGAAAACGAACGGCAAUCAACUCGAUUGUAUCUGUUUCUUUUUCUUCUUUCGUUAACCAUUCUGAUUUUUUAUUAUUCGGUCACAAGUUCCACACGAAUAGUUGUGAUCAAAUCNCAUUCGGAUAUCUCACUUAUCGCAACAUUCAUCUCACUCGUGCUCUUCUUCUUUCCAUAUGGAACAUACAGUGUGUAUAAUUUGGUGACGACUGGAAUGCCAAAAGAUACUUAUCGGUUGUUCCAAGAAGCAUUCGCAAUAACAGUGCUUAGUCUUGUGCCUUAUUUCUACUAUUGUGGAAGUUGUUAUGUAUUUCUGAUGUCGUCAAGUCGAUUUCGUCGAUCUGUUCGAAAUCAAGUGUUAUUCUGGCGAAGACCAACUCAAAUCGACAAAACGAUACGAUUAACAGCUACCGGUCACAGUUUAAGAAAAGUCGGUGUAGCUGUUCCAACUUUACCCUUCACCAUAACUCGUAAUCAAUAG